GAAACAACCCGGGUCGCUUCCGCUCUGCGUCAAUGAAUCAGUUUAUAAUGGUGGUCUCUUAUUUUGUGUUGUUUAUGUAAAUACAUUUCACGAAAAGGACCAGUUAAAUGUUGAUUUGUGACUGUAUAUUGUUAGCCAUGACAAAGUUUUGGAGCUCCUGGUGAUAAAGCGGGUGCCAUGCAGAGACGCCACAGCAGCAACACUGAGGGCAUGCCACCUGAAAGGAAUAGAAGUCAGACUCUCGGAUCAGAGAGCAGUCUUGAUGAAGGAGGAGUGUUUGACUGUCUGAAGCCAGACUCUCCUACAUCCCCUCAGCAGCUCUUCUCUGGACUGGUAGGGGUCUCUGCUGGGAAUGUGUCCUCAGCUCCUUUCCAGGCUGCAGGGCUAGUUCUGGGUUCUCCCCCAGACGUCUUCAUCCAGAUGACGUCCGCAUCGAGGGAUGAAGGCUCUCACAGAACAGAGAGCCAGCCUUACCUUCCUCGGCCUCCUCAGCACCAUCAUCAUCAUCAUCACCAUCAUCAUCGCUCCUCUCUCCUGCAUGCAGCCACUUCAGCUGAGAGACACGGGAGCCGAGAUGAUGGAGGUGAUGAUGCCUCUACACCAGCUCCUGCUCUCUCUGAGCUCAAGGCUGUGGUCACAUGGCUGCAGAGAGGAUUCCCAUUUAUUCUCAUUCUCCUCACUAAAGUCUGCUUUCAGCACAAGCUUGGAAUUGCUGUUUGCAUUGGAAUGAUCAGCACUUUUGCCUUUGCUAAUUCAACUCUGAAGCAUCAGGUUGCUCUGCGGGAGGAGAGGUCUGUGUUUACUGCUCUCUGGAUUAUGAUCUUUCUUGCUGGCAACAUUGUGUAUCUGUACUACACUUUCAGUGCUGAAGAACUACACAACAGCCUUUUUUUUGCAAAGCCAAACAUCAACAGCUUUGAUUUCUUUGACCUGAUCUGGGCUGUUGGAAUAACAGAUUUUGUGCUGAAAUAUUUCACCAUGGAGAUCAAAUGCUUCAUCCUGUCCCUGCCUAAAAUGAUCCUCGCUUUCAAGUCCAGGGGGAAGUUUUAUCUGCUGAUAGAGGAGCUGAGUCAACUCUUCAGAGCUUUGGUUCCCAUCCAGUUGUGGUACAAGUACAUCAUGGGUGAAGAUCCAUCCAGCAGCUAUUUCCUGGGGGCAACACUGAUUAUCAUCUACAGUCUGUGCAAGUCUUUUGAUCUGUGUGGAAGAAUAUCUGGCAUUAGAAAAGCCUUUGUCAUUCUGUGCAACACACAGAGUUACGGUACGAGAGCCAGUGCUCAGCAGUGCAGUGAGGCAGGGGAUGUGUGUGCAAUCUGCCAGGCGGAGUUCAGAGAGCCAAUCGCACUGCUCUGUCAGCAUGUGUUCUGUGAGGAGUGCUUGUGCCUCUGGUUCGACCGUGAGCGAACGUGUCCACUCUGUCGGUCAUCUGUGGUGGAAACUCUUCGUAACUGGAAGGACGGGACCACCUCCGCCCACUUUCAGAUUUACUAAUCAGAGAUGCAGGUGAAUGGCAGAGAUGGUCUGAUCCACUUAAAUUAAUGAAAGCAUUUUCAUCAUGCAUUAAACGUUUCUACAUUCCCAUCAAUAAUGUUGUAAUGUGAUAAAACAUGACAAUUUCAAGUUGCUGAAUGGAAUGUACAAUACCACCAUUUCUUCAUAUGCGUUGAGAGAGAUAAAUGUGUUCUUUGUCUCCUUAUGCCUGCUAUUAAACUUUCAGUAAAA